AAUAAAUAAAAACUUUCCCGAUGCACAUGACGCCGUCUGCACGGUCACGUGCGAAACGUGAUGCGCGAGAUCCGACUUUUUCCUCUCAGGUAGUUCCAGGACGACAACACGGUGAAUUCGAGAUACGAGACGUCGUCGUGGAGUCACAUGCUCCUUUAAAACUUUAAAACUAAAAGUAUGCAGCUGUUGCUCGCACUGCAUCAGGUUAAAGUUGAACCACAGCCUGCCGCGAGAGAGGGAGCGCGCGCGCGAGAAACAAAGGCAUCGUCGCUUAUUGUUAAAUCCCGUCUCGCGCGUGCACGGACGUGAUACAUGAACGUCAAGACGCUGUGUGGAGUUUGUGUGAAAGCUGUCCUAAUGUUUCCAAGCGUCCCCAGAAUCUGGCGACGUGGCCUCUUAAUAAGCUGCGCUCUUCUCCUCGUUAAUGUCACGUCUGAAACACCCUCCGGCUUUUAGUUUUGUGUCCUCCUCGCUACGCAAAUGAUCAGAAAAGCUCCUCUGCAGAUGCGCUGUAGGACUGCGGAUCUUCCUUAAGCAUUCGACUCAAAAAUACACAUCCGUGCGAUACAUUCCGGAGGGGAUUCAUUCUUCGGAGAAUGAUGUGGGGUGGAAGAGGAGCAGCUUGGCUUUGGAUUUGGGCCUGUUUACUGGUCACCAAUGCUCUGGCUGGAAAAAGCUCUAGUCAGAAUGCAGAUGAGCAGAAGGACAACACCACAGUGUUCACCAGGAUUCUGGACAGCCUCCUCGAUGGUUAUGACAAUCGUCUUAGGCCUGGUCUCGGAGAGCGUGUAACCGAAGUCAAGACUGACAUUUUCGUGACGAGUAUCGGGCCAGUUUCAGACCACGACAUGGAGUACACCAUAGAUGUGUUCUUCAGGCAGAGCUGGAAGGAUGAAAGGCUGAAAUUUAAAGGCCCAAUGGCCGUGCUCCGUCUCAACAACCUCAUGGCUAGCAAAAUCUGGACUCCCGACACGUUCUUCCACAACGGCAAGAAAUCCGUUGCCCAUAACAUGACCAUGCCAAACAAACUUCUGCGGAUCACAGAGGAAGGGACUCUGCUUUACACCAUGAGGCUUACAGUCAGAGCUGAAUGUCCAAUGCACUUAGAAGACUUCCCAAUGGAUGCCCAUGCUUGCCCUCUCAAAUUUGGCAGCUAUGCCUACACCAGAGCUGAAGUGGUGUACGUUUGGACUCGAGGGGCGGCGCAGUCCGUGGUCGUGGCUGACGAUGGUUCUCGUCUCAACCAGUACGACUUGAUGGGACAGAGCGUAGACUCGGGCGUGGUGCAGUCCAGCACUGGAGAGUAUGUUGUCAUGACAACACAUUUUCACCUCAAAAGGAAGAUCGGUUACUUCGUCAUCCAGACGUAUUUACCAUGCAUCAUGACUGUGAUCCUGUCCCAGGUGUCCUUCUGGUUAAACAGGGAAUCUGUCCCUGCCAGAACUGUGUUUGGAGUGACCACCGUCCUCACUAUGACCACCCUAAGUAUCAGCGCAAGAAACUCUCUCCCCAAGGUGGCCUAUGCCACAGCCAUGGACUGGUUCAUUGCCGUCUGUUACGCCUUUGUCUUCUCGGCUCUCAUUGAGUUCGCCACUGUAAACUACUUCACGAAGAGGGGUUACGCCUGGGACGGCAAAAGUGUGGUGCCAGAAAAGCAAAAGAAGAAGAAAGAGUCUUUGCUAAAAAAGAACAACACCUACACCGCUGCCACGGCAACAGCUUUUGCUCCGAACAUUGCCAGAGACCCUGGUUUGGCAACCAUUGCUAAAAGUGCCCCCCCACCCCCAACCGAGCCCAAGGAAGAGCCAAAACCCAAACCUCCAGAGGCCAAGAAGACCUUCAACAGCGUGAGCAAGAUCGAUAGGAUCGCCAGAAUAGCUUUCCCACUGCUAUUCGGAACCUUUAACUUGGUGUAUUGGGCAACUUACUUGAAUAAAAAACCCAAAUUACAGGGUAUGAACCUACAACCACACUAAUUCUAUCUCCUCCGUUUUCCCUUUUACUUUCUCUUUGUUUUCAUACGUUUCUAACACACAAAAAAAGGCGAAAAGAAACAAUUUGUUUCAACGAUAGUCAAGUUCCCACUUUCAAGUGUGUGUAAUGUAAAAUGUAACAUACCGUAUCUUCCUAUAUGAUAAAAAAAAGAGGGACGUAUAUGCAUACAGACACAGUAUAUCACACCUGAGAAAACGCUACUCCGCAGAUGCACAUAGAACAAUAGUUUUAAACUCUCUUCCUAAAGGAAUAGUUCACCCAGAAAAGAUUCGAAACUUCUCGUCGUGUUCCAAUCCUCUUGUAGAACACACAAUGACAAACGUUCUUACUUUUUUUCUAAGACAGCAGUUUAAUGGCCGUGUCUGUAAAGGUCAAACAUACUAACAAGCAACAUAAAGUGAAAGUCGUCCUUUAUUCCAAGCCUUCUGCAGUCCUGUUCUUCACAUACAGUAAGGCAUCAGAAUAUAGAUCUUAUAUAAAUAGUUUUUUAUGCAUGUUUGUAGUCUUUUUUUAAAUUAAUUUAAUAAAUUCUUCGGACAUAUGUGGUGACUGUGUUGAUGUAUAUGUAAAAAUGUGUCACUUUUUGUGUUAAAGAAAAAACUACAGUUAAAUACAUUUUGGGUGAACUAUUCUUUUACGAUGUUUAUUUCAGCAUUGCGAUGUGUUUUGUUUUAAUUUUUUUGCAUUACAUUAGCAAUGCACAGGGAAUACGUUUGCAUGGGCGAAGCUUUUCGGGAUCCAGUCAACAGCUGGAUUCUAACAGUCAUGUGUUUUUGUUUUUAUUUCUGUUUUCUUCAGCCUGUGUUUUGGAUCUUACGUUAUUUGACCUUGUAUUCUACUAGGGUUCCAUUAACAGCAAUAAAACAUGUCUCAGUGGGAAGAAAAAAAACGACAACAACAAAACAAUCAUUUACUCAUGGAUACAAAAAUUGUAGAGAACG